CAUUCCUUUCUCUCCCCCAAACCUUUUUUAAAUCUUCUUUAAUUUAUAAUUAUUUUCACAUUUUCCUACACUUUCUGCUCCAUCACUUCGCCUGAUUUUUACCCAACAGCCCUAGGAUUUAAAUAACUACGUAUUCUUCAUAAAUUGGGGUAAAAAUAAAAUAAUAAAUUUACAGUAAUUAGGGUUUUGGACAGCCAUGGAUCAUCAUCAUCAUCAGCAGGAGCAAAUCGAACUUCCGCCGGGAUUCCGAUUCCAUCCGACGGACGAGGAGCUGAUCACUCAUUACCUGACGCAGAAGGUUCUCGACGGCGGCUUCUCCGCCGCCGCCAUCGGCGAGGUCGACAUGAACCGGGUGGAGCCAUGGGAGCUGCCGUGGAGGGCGAAGGUCGGGGAGAAGGAGUGGUAUUUCUUCUGCGUUAGAGACCGGAAGUAUCCGACCGGGCAGCGGACGAACCGGGCGACGGCGGCGGGUUAUUGGAAGGCCACCGGAAAAGAUAAGGAGAUUUUCCGGGGGAAGGAGCUAGUAGGGAUGAAGAAAACCCUGGUUUUCUAUACGGGUCGGGCCCCGAAUGGUAGGAAAUCUAAUUGGGUCGCCCACGAGUACCGCCUCGCCGUCGCCGGAAAACCCGACAAGAAUGAUUGGGUCAUUACCCGGGUGUUCAAGAAGAAUCCGGGUGGGCAGAAAGUGCAUAUUUCAGGGCUGAUGGAGUCGGGUUCGGGUUCGGGUUUGGGCUCGGGUGAUCAGGGUGGUCACGUGCACUGCUUCUCCAAUUCUUCGGCGGCCUGUUUUGUGAAUCCUGCUGAGUCGGACUCGUUUUCCGGCGGGCCGUUUGGGUUCCCUGACGGCGCCGGCGGCCUGGAUUCUGGUGUGGUUAUGGAUUAUGGAUUCAGACACGUGCCAGGAAUUGGGGAUUCUUCUGGUGUGUCUGAAACUGGGAAGAAAUUGUUUGAUUGCAUAUGGAGUUACUGAAAGCUGUAAGAAUAUUUUCUUAUUUUUAUUUUUAUUUUUAUUAUUAAUAUUAUUGAAGACGAUGAGGAGGACACCUAUAAAUUAUUAUUUCUCUUCCUUAA